AUGCGUUCAAAGAAGCCCGUGUGGCUGCUGUUCAAGGUGCUCGAACUGGUGCUGAGCUUUUGCUGCUGCUACAUUCACUGGCGUUGCUUCCAGGACGAAGGCAUACCGCACAUAUUCCUGCUGUGCGAUUCCUACGGCGGCUCCUCCAUCAUCUGCCUGCUGGCCAUCAUCGGGAUGUUCUAUGCCGAGAAGCCGACAAUGCAGCUGGAGUCCGCCUUCAGCGGACUCUUUUGCACCCUGCAUCUAGUCACCAUCUUUGUUCACAUGUAUCUGGCGCUGCACGGCAACAAGCUGCUGUACCUGAAGAGAGGACCAAGUCCGCUUAAGCUCUAUUUCAUCAGUAAAGGCUUCCGUUGGUUUCACCUGCUCACGGCCAAUAUGCUGAUGAGCACUCAGCCAUCCCAGAAGACGCUGGAUGUGUCCUCCAAUUCAAACGAGGCAUUUGAAUUGACACCGCAACUGAAUAUUAACUGA